AUGGAUCAUCGACCGUCUUCUGUUGAUACGUUCUUGACACACCAUCACCACCACCAGCACCAUCAUCAUCAUCAUCGUCUUCAUCAGCAGGAUUCGUCAAGAUGGUCAUCCAGAGAAGAUUUGUUGAACGGAUCAGCGGCAAGCAACGAAAAUGAUUCCUUAUUCGUUGCGUUGUACGAUUUCCACGGUGUUGGCGAAGAGCAGCUUUCGCUGAAGAGAGGUGAUCAUGUGCGGGUGAUUGGACAUAAUAAAGCUGGCGAAUGGUGUGAGGCACAGUUAGUGAAUACCCGACGUGAGAAUUCGAGACGUACUGGUUGCAUUGGUUGGGUACCAUCAUCCUAUAUUGCACCUUCUAAUUCACUGGAAAAACAUUCGUGGUAUCAUGGAAAAGUAAGCCGAAGCGAAAGCGAGUACCUAUUAAGUUCCGGCAUUAGCGGUAGCUUUUUGGUGCGUGAAUCGGAAACCAGCAUUGGACAAUUUUCAAUUUCAGUACGGCAUGAUGGCCGCGUUUAUCAUUAUCGGAUUUCAGUGGAUCGCAACAAAUGGUUAUACAUAACACAAGAAAGCAAAUUCAAAACACUGGGCGAAUUGGUUCAUCAUCAUAGUCUUCAUGCGGACGGCCUUAUCUGUACGUUACUCUACCCAGCAUCCAAAAAGGAACGACCACCGAUGGUAUUUUCAUUAUCGCCAACUCAGCCUGAUGAAUGGGAAGUGGAGAGGUCAGAAAUUAUCAUGAGAAGUAAACUUGGCGGUGGACAAUAUGGCGAUGUUUAUGAGGGCUACUGGAAAAAGCACGAAAAAGUGGUUGCUGUGAAAACUUUGAAAGAAGAGGCUAUGGCGCUACACGACUUUUUGGCAGAAGCAGCAAUUAUGAAGGACUUACAUCAUCCGAAUUUGGUACAGUUAAUGGGAGUAUGUACUCGUGAACCGCCAUUUUAUAUUAUCACCGAAUAUAUGAAUAGAGGAAAUUUGCUCGACUAUCUCAGGAAAUGUGAUAAGAAAUUAUCACCAACAGUGCUGAUGUACAUGGCUACACAGAUUGCAUCUGGAAUGGCUUAUCUUGAAUCACGUAAUUUCAUCCAUCGGGAUUUGGCUGCACGAAAUUGUUUGGUAGCCGAAGAGAAUGUUGUCAAAGUUGCUGAUUUUGGUCUUGCACGAUUUAUGAGGGAAGAUACUUAUACUGCUCAUGCUGGAGCAAAGUUUCCGAUCAAAUGGACUGCACCAGAAGGUCUUGCCUAUAACACUUUCAGUACUAAAAGUGAUGUCUGGGCAUUUGGUGUACUAUUAUGGGAAAUCGCUACUUAUGGGAUGAGUCCAUAUCCAGGUGUUGAAUUGAAUAGUGUUUACGGAUUACUUGAAAAAGGUUUUCGAAUGGAUGCUCCGGAAGGUUGUCCUCCAUCAGUUUACCGGUUGAUGUUGCAAUGCUGGAAUUGGUCACCUAGUGAUCGGCCACGUUUCAAAGAAAUCCAUGCCAGCUUGGAAUCACUUUUUCCUCAAUCCAAUAUUGAUGAAGAGGUUGACAAGCAGUUAGAACGUUCACGUACAUCAUCACGGCGUCACAGUUUGUCAUCUCAUCGCAUUGCGAUAGGCAAUGAUUGCAUCAAUAUUCCGUCAAGCGUUGUACCAGUUGCAUCUCCGCGUAUCUCCGGUAUUCAGGGCAGCGGUUGUGCUGGAAAUAAUACUGGCACGGCUGUUGUAGUUCCAUCAACUAGCUCUUCGUUAGCUGGCACGUCGCUACCACCACCACCUACUAUCGAAUUCCCACCACCACCACCAUGGAACCAGGAUAGUUGCGUCGGUGGCGCGUCAUCAAAUUCUUCUACAGCCACCCAAUGCAGUAGUGCACGUGACAUUUGGGAUGCGGCUAAAAUAAAAACUGCCCAGCGUAAUCUACCGUUACCGAUUCCACCAUCAUCUGCAAAGCCAAAGUUGCAAAAACUAGAUAAUCUACCAACUUGUGACGUGUUGGUUUCGCCGCUAGCGGAGAAAAAUUUGCGCAAGGCGGUUAGCAAAUUUGGUACCAUGCCGAAAAAUGCUCGAAUUGAUGCAUACCUGGAAUCGAUGUCAUUGCAAGAAGAUGGUGACCAGUCGCCGAAUGCCAGUGGUGAAUGCAGUGGUGGUCUGUCAGAUGAUUCGCUGGAUGCUAUUCCAGAUUCCUACAAUAAUUGCUGGAAUAGGAAUGCAUCUGACGCAAUGAGUGAAAGUGUUAAUUUUGGCCAAAAUGAGUUGCUACAACAAUUAAAACAACGUUUGAAAAAAACAAAAUCGGAAUCUCCGGUAACUGUCACUUCUCGUAUUUCCGGUGUUAAUAACAUGACAAGUAUAGCUGAAAGAGUAAAAUCAUCGGUAGCAGUGAUUGCGAAAACUGAUUCGAAGUUGAAAAAGGUGGGUGGCGUGCCGAAACAACCGGAGGAACAGUGGUCACAGAGAAAAAAGACAGCGGCUGCACGAUCAUUGAAAUCCAAAGACUUGCCACGUGAGAUUGUUGCGAAUGAUGCUGAAACUGUAGCUACAAAGAGAACUACUUCAAAAGGUAGUCGAACUCAGGAUGCCGGAGAAAAUGAGCUGCGAGCACGAAUACGUCAACUACGGCAUGUGGAGAAGCAAAGCCCAGCCGAAAAACAAAAUCGAAUUGGCGGAAGACUUGAAUCGAUUAAUAUUGAAACAGCACGGGUACGGACGCUGAUAACGCAAAAAGUUGCCCCAUUGCAGCAUCAUCGUCCGUUUUCUAUGCAGCCGGAUGCUCUAAGUAGUGAAUCAUCCGAUGAUGAUUCCAGCGAAGCAGCUGUAGUACAAUCGGGACGACUAGAAAAAGAACCUUCGACGCAAAAAGCGGUUGCUAAACUACAUCCCAGAGCUUAUUCGACACUACAAAGAUCAAUUAAAGCCAGUUCUGUAAUACUACCAAAACGAGUCACUUCUAAUAAUGGUAUAGAUGAUGGCGAUGCAUUGACUAAAUUAAAACGUAAGGUAGCAGCUCAUCCUACAAUGCCUGACUGUAAUGAAACAGACGAACUCGAGCUUAGCGGAAGCAUGACACGAACCCAAUCACUCCGUGAUCUCGCUUCGAAAUUCGAGAAAUUGGGUAAUCCAGGUUUGAUUGCGACACCUUCCAAAGGGCCACUUCGUAGUGGAGAGAAACGUUACUCAAUGAUGGAAAAUGUUACCGAUACACGUGGUGCAGUAUCCACUUCUGAUAGCUCGAUUUCCAGUGCUCGAGAAAGUAGUCAGCCAACCGUAAGUCGAGAUUCGCUGUUGGAUUUGUAUCGACGCCUGGAAAGCUGUAUUUGUGAUUUGCGUAACGAGCGCGUUAGUCGAGUCAAAGGACAGCAUGCCGAUUAUUCCGAUGGACAACAUGCACUGUUGAUCCGAUUGAGUGAUUUGAUGCAACAGUUUCAUCACUUAUGCGCUAUUUAUGCCGAAAAUAUUUCACCACAUUCAAAGUUUCGUUAUCGUGAGCUACUGAAUCGUAUGGAUCUAUUUAUCCGUCAGUUACGGCAGUGCGCUUCAUCAUCUAAUGAAGUUAUGCAGGCCGAACAACACAUUAUACCUCAAUUUGAGCAAACAAUUCGUCAAAUUAUGCACUUGGUGCAAAGGUGA